GAGCCGGCCCUCCCCCUCACUAUGCUCUCUCCUCCCCCUGCCUGGGCUCUCUCCUGGCUCAGGCUUAGGGGAUCUGCACUCGCUGAAGAUGGCGGACUGCAGCACACUGCUGGAUGAAGAUCUGGAGUCCUUCGUGUUCAACUACCUGACUGACAGCCCGGAGCCUGGUGAGGAGCCUCUGUCACUGGACUUUCCCGAAAUCGAUCUCUCCCAGUUGGACGCUAGUGAUUUUGACACUAACAGCUGCUUUAAUGAGUUGCAAUGGUGUAACGAUCAGUCAGAAAACGAGUCCAAUCAGUACAGCACUGACGACUCCGAGCUUUUUCAGAUCAUAUAUGGUGACAAUGAGGCCUUGCUGGAAGCCCUUACCCAGACAUUGGAUGAUAUACAGGAUGAUGAGAUCAGCUUGUCAGCCUUCAUAUCCUCUGAAGAUGGGGACUUCUGUCCCGCACCCACCCUAUCGCCAAAACCCUGCCUCCCAUCUGAGUCCUUUAAGAGUCUAGAAACUGAAGAUGAGCUGUCUAUACUCAAGAAGUUACUGCUUUCUCCAGCACAGACGCCCACCGGCUCUGACUCUCACAAUGACAGCAACUGCAGGCAAACAGGGAUAACAAAACUUCGUCCUCACCGGCAGUGUCUGAAGGUGGAGACUCCAGUAGAAAGACAGACUGGUGUUCCUCAGACACAUGGCAGGGGCUGUACUGAGCUACAAAGGCAUUUGGUGUCACCUGAAAGUGACUCUCCAUCUUCAGCCAAGGAUGACAGCCAUGACAGCAAUAAGGAAGUAGAAAGUGAUUCAUCUGAGGAAGAUCGCAGUGAGGAUGAAUCUGGCAGCUUCUCUCCAUUACCAGCUUUACAGAGCCCAGAACCUCAGUUCACAUGUGAGCGGGAGAAGCAAGCCGUGGUGGACCUUAUUAGGUAUAUGCACACCUACUGCCUUCCACCUAAAAAACAUCACAGUGAUGAGAAACACCAGCAUUAUACUGGUCUCCUGAAGAGACCAAAGACUAACACCACCCCAUCUGUGCAUUCUUGUUCCAACCAAGUAAUCAAAGUCAACUCUGCUAAUGCCAAGGGGAAGUGCUAUGCACAGGGCAAGUUUAAAAGGACGAAACCAACCAGGACCGAGUCUUCAAUCCUAAAAGUACUACUUGCGAAAGACAUUUGUGGGGAUGUAAGCAAGCCAUACAGGUUGACGCAACCAGUAUAUGCAGCUUUUGCUAAUUCUUCUUGUAGCCAUGUAAUGCAAGGAAAAUCGGAGCAUGGGUUGGGAAGGGGCAAUAAAGCAGAACUGGAGAAAACUCAUAAGCCAUUUCUCUCUCUCAGGAGAGAGAACAGAUCCAUGGAAACAGACUCUGGAAGGCCAGCACAUAACGUUUCCGAGCAGAUGACCAAUAAAUCUGCAUUCAAACAGGAAUGCUCUGUUUAUGCUGUCAGGCGCUCCAGUAGACUAAAUCCAGAGUUCUGGUUUAAUGAUGAAGUUUCUCCCCAGACAUACACAGCACAGGCAGGAAAAAAUGCCCAGAUUACCAUGGAACAGUCUCUCUGCUUGACAACAGACCCUUUUGUUGAUGAAGAGCAGUUGGCCGAAGUGGAAGUUGAAGAGUCUGUCGAAACCACUGGUCAAAUAGAAGGUAAUCGAACUCUACAAAACAUGCUUGAAAUGGAUGCCAGGAAAGCACACAGUGAUAUUGUCAACCAAGUUUACCACCCCUUAGAUGUCACCAGAUGCUCUACAGUUUCUUUGCCACAAACGACAUCGUCAUUUGAGAAGAGAAACUUUGACCAAGGACUUUCUGUUGAGCUGUGUGGGACUGCAGGUCUGACGCCCCCAACUACUCCUCCAUACAAGCCUGCAGAAGAAGAUCUGUACAAACCGGAGAUUAGUCAGGACACUGUAAAUAAUGAUCCCUUGAUUACCUCGCCUGUAAAAAUGGAAGUGACUGAAAAACGUCUCUCUCCAAAUAGGAGACUGUCAAAGAAACAGCCCGAGAGGACUGAAUUGUUUGCACACUUAAGUAGAACCUCAUCCGUCCCUGAUAAACCCCCACCACAAGGAAAUAAGAGGCCAUUUUCCCGGUCAUUUGGAGACCAUGAUUAUUGCCAGGUGAAGAAGCCAGAGCCAGCUUUCCAGAGAAAAGUGAUAAAAUCUGUGGACCUGCCAUACUAUGGUGACAGGAAGCAAAAAGUGCCUCCAGUACUGGAGAGGAAAAUGUUCUCUAAUAAAGAGGACAACAAACUGCUGAAGGACCAUGAAAUUCGAGCAAGUCUCACCAAGCACUUUGGUUCUCCAGAUACCACUCUUAAAGAAGACGAUAAUGUUACAUGUACCAGCCCUGAGUAUGAUUCAGCCUUUGAGGACAGUGAGAGUGAGUGCAAUUCUCCAGAGGAUGUCUUCUUUUCUCCGCUUCGAAAAAAGUCGUAUUGUCAUAGGAGCCCUCCACCCAAGCCACAGAGCUAUCCUCGAAGUCAGGCUACUGCUCAAAUUAUCCACACACCCGAUAACAGGAGAUCACACAGCAGACGCGAGAUCAGUGAGCAGAGACAGAAUGGACACUGGAACCAAAGGCAAAUCUACAGGAAGAAAGAGCAGGAUGAUGGAUGGGUAAUUGUCAUCAGAAACCUCUCAAACAGCAUUAAUGCUCAUGAGCUGAAGAAAAGAUUUGAAGUGUUUGGUGAGAUCCUUGAAUGUCAGGUCCUCAACAAAAGCAGAGGAGAGAAGUAUGGAUUUAUCACUUACCGGAGGUCAGAGCAUGCUGCAAUGUCACUAAAGAAGGGCCCAGCUCUUAGAAAAAAGAAUGAACCGUCAUUUCGCAUGAGCUACGGAGGUUCUAGGCAUGUUUUUUGGACCAAAUAUCGGCAUCUAGAUUCAAAUGUUGAAGAGCCCUCAUCAAUGAGGAAGAAGUAUGAGCCCAUGGAUUUUGACAACUUACGUCGAUGACAGCCUUAUAAUGGAGGAGUUCCUCAAUACCUCAGACAAGGCACUUCCAAGAUGUUUACGUUUUUUGAAACAAAAAAAAUGGAAUAGAGAAACAAAAGACUUGAUACUUUAAAUUGAUGUUUACAUUGAACAAAGCUGCUUCUGUAUGUGAUUUUAUCCCAUGGUGUUGCUGUCUCACUGCCACAUUUUAGAAUUGUUGCUUUUCCAGGUAUGUCUGUAAACCUCCUGUCCUCCCCCUUUCCCCUCGUGGUUGCAGCUAUGUUCUCCAUAACAUUUUGUCUGUAGUGCGUAAAAACAAAACCCAAAAAACAAAAAAUGUCUUUUGUGAAUAGUCUGAAUUACAAAACUAAUUUUAAUUGGGGGAAACAAAGGAGUAUAUUCUUAAAAAAUAAUGAUGUAUUUAUGUUUUAUAUGUACUGUAUUUCAGAUUGUUGUUUGCUUCAUCUUGAACUAUGCACUCUAGUGAGGUGUUUGCAAAAGAUCAGAAUUAAUCCUUAAGUUUUAUUAUUCAUUAUCCAAAUUCAGGACACUAAAGGCUGGUCUGGAAGAAUGCAUGGCAUUGACAACAAAAUACAUAAUAUUUCAGCGAAAGAUGUUCAUGUUCAAUAUAUAUAUAUAUAUAUUUAGUGGUGUAUGUAUAAAUAGCACAUUGUUAGAGUAGAAAUUUUGUUUUUCAAGGCCACUGGAUCGCACGCACAUUGUGGAAAUACCACACUGGUACUUUAAUACUUUCCUGCCUUUUUUAAGCCUCUGAGGGAGCUGUAUUCAUAUGUGCUUUAAAAGCAAUUUGGAACUUGCACAGUACUUACUUUACAGUUACAGUAAUGAAUCUAUCAGUGUAAAUACCACAUUCCUUCAUUUUUCUUAAAAAAAAUGUUGUUUUGUUUGCAAGUACAGUACAAUUUUAGUGCAGUAGGUAACCCAUAAUUCCAUCUUGUAAUGUGAAUAUUUUUGAUAUGUCCACUUUUUCCUCUCAGCAUCCGAGAACAGUUUAAACAUGUUUUCUAUACAUGCCUGAGCAAAAAAAAUACUUCAAUGCCAAUGUCAAACAGUCAGCUUCUUCUAAAUAAGAGAAUGAGAGGGAUAAA